AUGUCGCAACUGUCACAAGCGGACGGCGGCCUCCCCCGCUGCAACUACUGCGACAAGACCGACAAGACAUGUGUAUACGAGCGCCCCAGGAAAGACCGGCUGGCGACUGCCAAAGACCGCAACCAUGCCCUCGUCUCCGUCCUCAAAGACCUCAGCUUGCGCGUCAGCGACGAUGACCGACGUCGAAUUGAAGAUGCCCUCCAGGAUUCAGAUGACGAGGUCGGGUCGCCCGUCUCCAUAUCCUCUUCUUCGCGAGCAUCCGCCCCUCAACCAUUCUCUCAGCACUCGCGCAUGCACCCCUUUGCCCCGUCCUCUAGCUAUGUGCCGCUCGGAGCAGAAACCUCGCCUACCUCGGAUCAGUCACCCCUUCCUCGCCUGGACGGUACUGUCCCGGAAGACUCUGGCGACGAAGACGGUGGCGAACUGCCCAAUGUAGUCGAAGCAGGCUUCUUGGGCCAGAUCUCCGAAGUACAGUGGCUACAGACGCUCAGGAGCAGAGUACAAGCUCUCGAUACCGUUCUGCUUGGCCCACCUGACACCACUGCGCCACUCUCUCAGCCACCCUCGCCUACUUUCACUGCGUCACCCACCUCCCAUGCCGCGACCCCGCUCGAACACAUCGCUCUCACCAACUACUAUCUCGAUGACGAAGGCAUCAAACUCACCGACUGUGGGAAUCCCUUUGAGCUGCCGCCAGAACACACUGCAGGACUGCUAUUCCAGUGCUUCACCCAGACCAUCCAAGGCUCCUUUCCCAUUCUCCCCCCAACUAUAGAGCACCAGCUGCAACAGUACUACACCCUGGUUCGGAACGGGCAGGCUAUACAUUGCCCGGAGAAAUGGUUUGCGCUGGUCAACCUUGUUUUUGCCAUAGGCGCCAAGUUUUCACAUCUCAUCCAGGCUGAAUGGCGAGCCGACGAGCUGGAUCACAUCGUCUACUUAUCGCGCAUGGCGAUGCGAUCGGCCUUCUCGCUCGGCCUUCACGUGCAACAAGAUGAUCAAUCUGUCUCGGCCGCCCGAAGGCAGAGCAUGGUCUGCACCUGGUGGAGUCUACAUGCACUGGAGAGCAUGCUGAGUUCGAUUACGGGCCGGCCGAGCAUUAUACCCAACGAAGACAUCACAACUCCACUGCCCAGUGCCGUGAAUAGCGAUCAGACCCAAAGAGUACCUGUGCUCAGUCUCGACUUUCUCGAUGCCGAUAUCCACCUGAAUCUCCUGACCCAGCAAAUCAUCUCCAACCUCUACACACAACGUAGAUCUGCGCCAUCAUGGGACUACCUCCAACAAAUGACCAUAUCUCUAUGCGAACACCUUGACAAGUGGGCAUUUGAAUACAUUCCCCAAGUUCAUUCAGAAGAAUGGAAUUCAGCUCGCAUGCCACAACGCGACGUCUUCUUGCUCAAACUUCAGUACUACCGACUGAAGGUUCUGACGACUCGUCCCUCACUCCGCCGUAUUGAACGCUGUUUUCAAGCCGGAACCGAUGACUUCAAUUCGCUCGAUCAGUCUGUGGCAGAGUCGUGCGUACAAGCGGCACGGGAUGUCGCAUCGCUGUUGGCAAACGAGCCUAAUGUCAGAAGUCUAUAUGAAAAAGGGCCCUGGUGGACAAUUGUCCACAACAGUAUGUUGACACCUCAAAUCCCCAUGUCACCUACUGACCAAUUCAUUACAGUCAUGCAAUCACUCGCCGUUCUCAUGAUAGCCAUAUCCUGCCCCGAUCACUUCCGCGACACACUACAAGCGUCUGUGCACAGCACACGGCAACUCGUCACCUCACUCCGCAGCAUGUGCGACACAAACAUGUUAGCGUCCCGCGCCUACCAGGUCGUAUAUUCGAUAGUCAAGACGUCAAAACCGUACGUCUGGGCUGACAUAGCGGACGCCUUCCCAGACGAGGUCAUCAUGGUGCUACAACAACCAGCACCAGCAAAGGUCGACCCGCAAUAUCUACCAUGGCCGGACAACGACCAACCAGCUGAAGCCUUGUUCCGUUAUGAAAUGGACAACUUCGGCAACUACCACUUUCACAUGUUAUGA